AUGGCUAUCACUACCAUUGCCCCUGAAAACAAUGACCGACCCCACCGAGUCCUCCUCGUCAGUGUACCUCGUACGGCCUCAAAUCUCCUCUUGAAGAUUCUCAACAUCCAAAACCAACCCAAUGUCCUCACCAACCCGAAGGGAGGCUACUUCUUCUAUGAUGCCUUUAUAAGAUCCGCAAGGGACAAUUGGACCGAAAAGCCGCUAGACCAAUGGACAACAGAACAGAAGAGUGAGGUCAAAGCCCUCAUCCAACAGUGCUUCAACAAACUAGAAGACUGCUCCAACCGGGCCUGCGCCGAGAAGAAGAUCAUGUUUGCCAAAGAACACUCCUUCUGGUUCGUCAACCCGGCAUUCCUCACGGGCGCCGUUGAUGGUGCCCCAACCCCCGGACCCGAGCAACUGAAAGAGUUCCAAGUAUCCAUUCCGGAACGAUACGGCUCCUCGCAAACUUUCUCUGCCAAUAACAAAACCUUCAUGUCGGAUGAGUACCUGCGCACCUGGCAGGUGGCCUUCAUCAUCCGUCACCCGGCACUAGUUUAUCCAUCAUUCUACCGCGCUUUGCAGAAAAUGUCCAAAGUUCGUAUGUUUGACGAUGACGGUAUUAAGGGAGUAACAACCACGAACGUGUCCAUGAAAUGGACGCGGAAGCUGUUCGACUGGUGUCUUGAGCAGCCGGAUGAGUCUGUCACGCCUUUGGUUAUCGAUGCCAAUGAUGUGAUUCAUAACCCCGGUGCUGUGGCUAAGUUCUGUGAGAAGGUUGGUCUGGAUCCCGCUUCCUUGCAGUUUGAGUGGAAUGACUCUGCGAGGUCAUCUGAGAACUGGGGGAAUGGUGCGAACACAGCCAAUGCUGAGGCGCCGGAGUCGGAUAAAAUUGUUGCUUCUAUCAUGUACUCGACUUUGGAGGAGUCGACAGGUGUGGUUAAGAAUAAGGCUCCGGCCUCAGUUGAUAUUGAUGCGGAGGUUGUUAAGUGGCGUGUUGAGUUUGGAGAUGAAAUUGCCGAGCUGCUUGAGAAGUCUACUAGAGAUUCCAUGCCAGACUAUGAGUAUUUGAAGGCUAACAGAGUUACUGUAUAA